CUCUUGCUGAAUUUUUAACCUUUCUCUUACAAAACUGUUCUUAUCUAUUUCAGGUAAUUUGAGUGCAUGCGCCGCCAAGGGCAAGCAGUUGUAUUACCCGUUGACCCUGAAAUCGAGAAAACUUGUAGGAGAAACCGAAGGAACAAGAGGCAAGAAAGAGUUUCAGCAACUGCUGAAACAUCAGAAAUCAUGGCUGCUAAUGUGAAUGCUAAUGCUGCUAAUAACGAUAAUAAUGGUGGUGUCGUUGAAGAUCAAGCUAAUGGUCGUAGUUUGAGAGAUUACAUUCUCCCUACUUUUAUGGGAGUGCAGUCAUGUAUCAGGCCACCGACAGUGGAUGCUAAUAACUUUGAGAUCAAGCCUGCCAUACUUCAAAUGGUGCAGUCCUCAGUUCAGUUUGGUGGCCUCCCUUCUGAAGAUCCUAAUCUGCAUCUCUCGAACUUCAUGGAACUUUGUGAGACUUUUAAAGUCAAUGGAGUUAGUGAUGAUGCCAUUCGUCUGAGGCUGUUUCCAUUCUCGCUCAGAGAACGAGCCAAGAGCUGGUUGAAUUCCCUGCCACCCAACUCUAUAGCCACCUGGAAUGAUUUUGCAACGAAAUUUUUGUCAAAGUUCUUUCCUCCAGCAAAGUCUCCCAAACUGCGAGGAGAAAUCAACAACUUCUGUCAACACGAUAAUGAAUCUCUCCAUGAGUCUUGGGAGAGGUUUAAGGAUCUGAUCAGAAAGUGCCCUCAUCAUGGUAUAGAGAAGUGGAUGCUGGUUCACAAUUUUUACAACGGGUUGGUUGGUAAUACUAGGACUCUUAUAGAUGCAGCAGCUGGUGGAGCUUUUAUGAGAAAGAGUGUAAAUGAGGCUUAUGAUCUGUUGGAGGAGAUGGCUCUAAACAAUCAACAGUGGCCAACUGAAAGGAGUCAAACUAAGAAGGUAGCUGGUGUGCUAGAGGUGGAUGCCAUAACAAAGCUAACAACUCAAGUUGAGGCCCUAACAAAGCUGAUCGCAGGGCAAGCCAAACAAGCUCAAGUGGUUUGUGAGAUAUGUGGAGGUCCCCAUCACUUUUCUGAGUGUCAAGCAGAUGUGGAUGAUUUGCCAAUGGAUGAAGCAAAAGCCAUUGAAAAUUAUUCUCAGAACAACAACAACAACUAUGGGUUCAAUAAAGGAGGUAACCGAAGAAACAGUGGGUUCUAUCAGCAACGAAAUCAGAACCAGACACAGAACCAACAGUAUACUCAACAACAAGCCUCUGGUGGAAAUUUUAGUUUGCAAACAGAUUUAUUGCUACAAUUUAUGACUGAAACUAGAUCUUCCAUUAAAGACUUGCAGACUCAAAUGGGCCUACUAACAACUCAGGUAGCAACCCGUCCUCAAGGAAAUUUUCCUAGCACAACUGAAGUCAAUCCCAAAGAAAAAUGCACGGCAAUUACCCUGAGGAGCGGUAAGAAAUAUGAUGGGCCUGAAUUGACACAACCAGUAGAUGAGGAGAUUAAAGUUCAACCAGUGCCAACCCCAACAUCAACAGUAGAGAAGGCUACUGAUAGCCCAGCACCACCACAACAGUUUCCACCAAUCGGUAUUGAUCAUCAUGUGAAAAUACCCUAUCCUCAGAGACUCCGAAAGACCAAUCUAGACAAGCAGUUCACCAAAUUUCUAGAGGUUUUCAAAAGACUACACAUUAACAUUCCCUUUGCUGAAGCUUUAGAACAAAUGUCGAGUUAUGUGAAGUUCAUGAAGGAGAUUCUGUCAAGGAAGAGAAAGAUGGAGGACUAUGAGACAGUGGCUCUAAUUGAAGAGUGCAGCGCCAUUCUGCAGAAGAAACUCCCUCCCAAACUCAGAGAUCCAGGGAGUUUCACUAUUCCUUGUACCAUUGGGAGAAUUGAAGGAAUAAAUGCACUAUGUGACUUGGGAGCCAGCAUUAACUUGAUGCCUCUGUCAGUGUUUAAAAGAUUGCAGUUGGGAGAAGCAAAGCCAACCACGGUAAGUUUACAAUUGGCGGAUCGAUCACUAGCUCAUCCAAGAGGAGUCAUUGAGGAUGUGUUAGUCAAAGUUGACAAGUUCAUCUUUCUAGCUGACUUUAUUAUUCUGGAUAUGGAAGAAGAUAGCAAUGUCCCAAUCAUUCUUGCGAGACCAUUCUUGGCAACUGGCCAAGCCUUGAUCGAUGUCCAGAAGGGUGAAUUAAAGCUGAGAGUCCAAGUAGAAGAAGUGGUCUUUAAUGUGUUAAAAGCAAUGACAUACCCAAAGGCAAGUGAUAACUGUCUCUUCAUUGAUUUGAUUGAUACAAUUGUGAGUGAGAAAAAGCUGCUAGAUGAUCCUCUCGAACUGAGCCUAACUGAAGAUGAAUUGACGGAGCAAGAGGGACAAGAUGUAAUGGGUUAUGUGAAAUGGCUUGACUCCUAUGGGCCAUUGAACAGAAGGUAUUAUGAGGAGUUGGCAGUAGUUCCAAAAGAGCUGAUGCCAUCUACUGAAAAACCUCCAGAGCUUGAGUUGAAGGUGCUUCCUAGUCACUUGCGGUAUGAGUUUUUGGGUGAAGAUAAAAAACUGCCAGUUAUUGUGUCAGAUUCUCUUUCUGAUGUGGAAAUUGAUAGAAUGUUGAGGGUACUCCGAGCUCACAACAAGGCCAUUGCUUGGAUACUGGGUGAUGUCAAAGGAAUCAAUCCUUCAACUGUGAUGCACCGAAUCCUGAUGGAAGAGAAUGCCAAACCAACAAUCGACGCACAACGUAGACUCAAUCCACCUAUGAAGGAAGUUGUCAAAAAAGAAGUAGUCAAGUGGUUGGAUGCUGGAGUGGCCUAUCCCAUCUCAGAUAGUAAGUGGGUUAGCCCGGUGCAAGUGGUUCCAAAGAAAGGUGGAAUGAUCGUGAUCAAGAAUGAAAAGAAUGAGUUGAUUCCCACAAGAACAGUCACUGGUUGGAGGAUUUGUAUCGACUAUAGGAAACUCAACAAAGCAACCCGAAAAGAUCACUUUCCCUUGCCCUUCAUUGAUCAAAUGCUAGACAGAUUGGCGUGGCAAGAAUAUUACUGUUUUCUUGAUGGUUACUCUGGAUACCACCAAAUAGCCAUAGCACCUGAAGAUCAGGAAAAGACUACUUUCACAUGUCCCUACGGUACCUUUGCUUUCAGAAGAAUGCCAUUCGGAUUGUGCAACGCCCCUGCUACUUUUCAAAGGUGUAUGAUGGCUAUCUUUUCAGACUUAAUUGAAUCCUGUAUUGAGAUCUUUAUGGAUGAUUUCUCGGUCUUUGGCUCCUCCUUCGAUCAUUACUUAGAAAAUUUAGAAAAGGUGCUAAUUAGAUGCGAGAAGUCUAACUUGGUGCUAAACUGGGAGAAGUGCCACUUUAUGGUAACAGAAGGAAUUGUUCUAGGACACAAAAUUUCAAAAGCAGGAAUUGAGGUGGACAAGGCUAAAGUUUCAACAAUAGAGAAUUUGCCACCUCCAGUUUCUGUGAAUGGAGUAAGGAGUUUCUUAGGACAUGCUGGUUUCUACCGAUGAUUUAUUAAGGACUUC